CUUUGUUUACUGCUUCUCUCUCUAUUCAUUCUCCAUUCUUCAUUCUCUCUCUAAAAUUUUCUCUCAUUAACACAGCAGAAGCCAUGGAUUCCACCAAAGAUCAAGCUUCUGGUUCAGCUCAAUCUAUGAAAUCAAGAUUGCGAUAUCCACUGCGUUCAGCUGGUAAAGCAAAGGAGGAUAAAUCACAGGCUGAUAUUAAAGUAUCAUCUGCAACUAAGAGGGAGAAACCCGUCUCAAAUGUGAGCAAAAGUGUAAGCGUGCUCGACUUUUCAGGCAAAGAAAAGACCACAAAACCACCUCGAAGGCUCUCUGUUCCUUCAAAAAGCAUUGCUAGUCCUUUAUCAAAAUUGGGGGGUGGAAUAACUCCAAUUUCAGAAACUCGGGCCAAGAAAACCGCAACCAAUCAAGGAAAGGGCGACACCCCUGCCUCUGAUGCCUCAAAGUCUAUUGCAAGAAAGAAAUUCAAUGUGUUAUCCUCCCAUUCUUACUGGGUUUCUCAAAUCAAGCUAUCUGAAUCUGCUUCCAAACAUUCAAUCUCGUUGGGUUUCUUCAAGCUUGCACUUGACGCUGGCUGUGAGCCUCUGCAUCGAAUGCAAGAUGAACUGAAACUGUACAUCCAGAGACACAACCUUCUCACUGAUCUUGGAGAACUCACCAAAGAUGUUCUUCAACUCUAUGAAGUCUCUGAAAAUUUGGUGCAAUCUCCUAGCUCCGAGACAAGUUCUCUUGUUCAAGAAGAUGAUUCUCACUCAAUCACUGAUGGGAAUUUGAAACCCAAAAGUCUAAACAUUGAGCCCAUGGAAAAUAACUCAGUUACUGAAUCUGCUAGUGCAAAGAAAGAUGCGAUUGGUAAGAGAAAUGCUUCAGUGAAAAGCAACAGGUCUUCAUUUGUUCGAAGCUCUGCAAAUUUGAGAGCUUCAACUGAUACUCAUUCUCAGAAGACUUCACAGAGGACUACCCGACGCGAUCUGGCUAGAGAUAAGAACAAGGGUUCGGCAAAGAAGGAGACUGUCGAUAAGGCUUCAGCUGAUCCUGUGAUGAGUCUGGUCCCUCAGGGGGAAGAUAAAGAGAACUUGGAUUCUGUGCAGAUGGAAGACAGUAGCCUCACUGCGGUACAAGCAUAGAGAAAAGCUUUGUCAGAUAUACCAGUAUACAUAAUUUGUGGAAAGUGUGAAUUGUGUUUGCUUUGGGAGUGGCAGUUAAGGAUUUCACUGUUAAGACCAUUGCUUUUUAUAGAAUAAUUUGUUCUCUCUGCCAUUAGAUUGUGAUGCUAAGGGAGACUAUAUUUAUGAUUCUUUUGUUUGUUGAGAGGGUCUUAACCAAGUGUUUUUAACUUUUUCGUUAUAGAUGCAACUGUUUGGUGAUUGUAAUUUCAGUUUUUUUAAAGCAGUUGCUUGGUGUGACGGCCAUAUAAAAGAAAAAAGCAACUGCUUGGUGUGAUGUCUGUGUAUUGCAGGAAAUGCAAUCCUUCCCUUGAUUAUUUGGUUUUCUAGAGGGAAAAUGAUAAUAGUUAGAAAUUGCAUAGAGCUUCAAAUAUUCUGA